GGCAGGGUGGGUGGGUGCAGCAUUUCUUCUGCGGUAGCGGAGGAAACCCGGUCAUUUCAACUGCGUCCGCCCCGCAGAGUCGUCUAGAAACUUCUGAUCGCACUCCAUAGACGGCAGUCAUGAAAAUCUGGACAUCAGAGCACAUAUUCAACCACCCCUGGGAGACGGUGACCAAGGCGGCCAUGCAGAAGUACCCCAACCCCAUGAACCCCAGCGUGUUCGGGGUGGAUGUGCUGGACAGAAGCGUGGACACACAGGGAAGACUCCACAGCAGCAGGCUGCUGAGUGCGGAGUGGGGGCUGCCCUCCAUUGUCAAGUCUCUGAUUGGUGCCACACGAACAUGUACAUACAUCCAGGAGCAUUCAGUAGUGGACCCCAAGGAGAAGACCUUUGAACUGAAAUCAACGAAUCUCACAUUUACCAACCUGGUGUCUGUGGACGAGAGGCUGAUAUACAGACCACAUCCCGAGGAUCCCGAGAAAACAAUACUGACGCAAGAGGCACUUAUCUCUGUAAAGGGGGUGAGCCUGAGCAGCUACCUGGAGGGGGUCAUGGCGAGCACUAUCUCAACAAACGCAGGCAAGGGUCGGGAAGCCAUGGAGUGGGUGAUCCGGAGGCUGAACACCGAAAUCGAGGAGCUGGCGGCUACAGCGCGUGGCACCAUCCGGACGCCGAUGGCCGCGGCAGUCACAGAGAAAUGACCCCAACCAGCCCUUCCAUUACCCAUCUCCCUUUCCAGGGUGGCACUCUACUCUAUCACCAGCCCAGCCUCCCUCUGUGUCGCCACCGUCUCUUACCUCUCGUUUUGUGGGAACAGCCUCUCCAUCUCCCCUGACUGUGUAUCUACAUUAGAUACCGGUUGCAUAAAGCAGGCGGCACAGAUGGAGGCUCCUUAUUUAUUACGGGGGCGGGCAGGUUGUGACUCGGUAUUGAGGGACCCAUGGUGAGAACAGUGGUUGCUUUUUGUGCAUCAGAUCACUGAUGAGAACACCAAGGGGCACCAGAAAGAUAGGUGGUUGCCAGAGGAGACUUAACGCUCUUGGUGCCCCUGCCAUCACUGCAUCUGUUUGCGCUCUCCUUAAAUAGACCACCGCUCUGUCCGGUCUGGUCCGUACUGGUCGGACAUUUGUAGAAUGUUCGCGUGACCUGGACCUGGCAUGAAGUGUGAAACGGACAGAGUGGAGGGAGAGGCGUAGGUGAAAGAAGCAUAAACAGGUUUAUUGAAAGGUCAGCACAAACGUGCAGUGAUGCCUUAUUAAUGAAAUGGUGCUCCCUUAGCUUGGCUAUGUUAGCCACUGUCUCACUAUGUGUCUUUCAAUGCAGAGUCUCCAGCUCUUAAGCCCAAGGCAGGCAACAACGCUUGCUGGGUUAUCCUUGCCUUGCAAGCAUCUCCGCACUUGAAUGUCAAGUACUGUACAUUUAUAUUUUUAGGAUUGUUAGUAUUAUUAUUGAAAAAAAAACAAACUGUAAUGAAGGGAACAUGUUCAAGAAACAUCCUCAUUUAUAUUUGUUUUUUUUAUAAAAAGCGGACCAUCUCAAAUGCAGUGUGACCUUUGAUAUAUGUGGCUUUGCACGAUUUGGGAUAGCCCGAGGUGCUGCGAUGGUGAAGGAAGAUGGAAGAACUGAAGGAUUUGGAGGGAAAAAAAGUGGAUUCAUUUUCACAUGCAUUUGAGACAACACUCUGACAUUAUGCAGAUACGACAUGGCACACUAGACAUCACCUGUCCUCAAGUGGUGCUGUGUGCAGCCCUUCUACAUGCCGAAGCCAGAUUUCAACAGAACUAGAGAUUUUUUUGAUGCAUCCUUUAUUUAUGGAAGUAGUUACAUUGGUACUACAGGAGCUGAAGAAAAGAUCUGUGUUGUUACAUGCAUUUAUACCACUGGUUAUCGUUAUCGUUGUAUGAGUGGUUCUAGCACUGAAAAAAAACCUUGGGACUUUUUCACAGACCAUGUUUUACACAAUGGCAUUGCUGACAUUGUUUUACAGGAUUUCUGUGUUUGUAAAGCAUUUAAAUUGGUACUUCUCUUUACAAAAAUCAAGAGGUUUGUGCCUCUCUGUUCAUACCUGUCUCUCCUCAGUCUCUGCAGAAUCUGUAUGGGUACUUGUUUCUUCUUAGUGAAGCCAAUGUUCAUACUGUGCUGAAAUGCAUUGAUUUGCAGUCUGAUGAAUCAUGACAGUAGAUGGAUAGAGACUGAAUCUGACCCAGACAUGGUGUGAUGUAUGAGUGUUACAAGGGAACAAAAAACAAAGAGCUGGUUGUGUGUAUUUGAAAAUGUACUAGACUGCUUGGCCUCAAGUUGGAGCCAUUUCUGCCGUGGCAACACAAAAAAAAAAAACAAAAAAAACAAUGGUAUUUAUUUAUUUAUAGUAUAAUGGCGACUUGCUAUAUGCAUUCAGUGGCAACCAAUGAGCGCCCUUGAAAACUUGUGGCUUGGGCAUUCGAAACAUGCUCUAGGAGCAGAAAUGCACGAAUCUACGUCUGAUGUUCACAAAUGGCAACUUUACCCCCAGAACAAAGAAAUACAGUGCAAAAAAAGGGUUCAUUGUCAGUACAGAAGUGGAACCAUCUGUAACACCUUCGCCUUUUUGCAGAAGCAAAGCAGACAUGAUUUUUACAGAUGAUGAAUGUGUACAGUGCAUGUUUUGUACCACAUGAUCUGUAGAUGUUGCAGUUUGGAUGGUCUGUACAUCGAUGAUUCUAUUGGUCAGCCUUUAGUAAGUUCGUUGAAAGUGAAUGACUUCUCAAGGCAUAAAGUUGAAACUGCUCCCCCAUAAAAAGGCUUGUGCAUUUUCUCCACAGUUUGGCAGUUAAUAAAGCAAUAUUUAUGUACUAACAAACUGACUACCUGACAUUAAUGUAGUAAAGCUUUAUUUUAAGAAAUGGUAAAAUGUUUAAAAAAAGGAAGUGGUCCCAUAGACUGGGUUUGCAGCCUCUGACUUGUACCUUUGAUCCUGCUCAGCUGGUCAGUCAGACAGACAAAAUGUGUAGGGUGAUGCCAAAGUUGCUGUUGUGCACUGUAGGGUGAGAAUGAAUGAAAACCUGUUGUUUACUUCAGCUGUUACUUGUGUCUGAUUCAACACCCAGAGACCAAGCAUAUCAGUGUUGACAUUUCUAACAGCCGUUGAAAUAAACUGACAUUUGACA